CAGACACUUGCCGUCCCCAACGCUGCAAUUCAUCCAACCAGGCUGAAACAAGUGGCGUCGCUCAUAUCACUGACAGAUUUCCUCUUACGCCCUCCGCCCGUUUGACCCCCCGGAAAUUCCUACGGCCCAUAGUCUAGGCAUCGUCGUCAUGGAUGCGUUUUCCCACUCAGCGUCUCGCCCACGGCCCUCGUCGAGACCUACAACCCCCCUGAGACCCGGUUCUCGAUCGUCGCUUCGUGAAGCGCAUGGCUAUGGACACAGCAUUCGCAAUGCAGGCUACACGCAGCCAGCCAUCAAUGCGCUGGAGCCUCAGUUUGCGGAACUCGCGGACUCCAUGGCGGAUCUCGAGGCCAACUUCAUGCACCUCCAGUUGAUGCACGAGAGUCUGACGCGGUUCAGCGAGAGUUUCGCCAGUUUUCUGUAUGGCCUGAACAUGAACGCUUUCUGUGUGGACUUUCCCGAGGCUCCUAUCCCCGAAUCGUUUCGAAGGGCAAAGCAGGCGGAGACGCAAGAUGACGUCGAAGCGGAGCAGCUGAGACCGAACGACGUCGAAACAACAUUCAUGACUACGGAUACGUCGUUUGUCGAGAACCCCCCGAGCACUAUUUCGACCAAGCCUACGACGAGGGUCCCGGCUUCGUCUCGUGGAACCAAAAGAGGAACAACGCGCGGUUCGACGAGGGGUCGCUAUACGACCAGAGGCACGAGUCGUGGGGCGCGCCCAAGCGCAUUGCCUCGAGGCAGAGGAAUCCGGUGAAGGAAGGGACAAACAUCAUAAAGUGUAUUACAGGAGGCAGGCAGUCGGGUAUGCAGAGCCCACGAGGCCCGGAGGCUUGGGCGUAGGGAACGGUCGGCAAUCAGCAACCCGCCGAAAGGCCUUGCAGUCUACCGUGCGCUCCGGGGACUCGACGAGGAAUCGCUUCCGGAUCGGACGCCGACAGAUGCUGCAGUUCGUGACACAAAGUCUGCCAAGCACUUGAUCGAUCCCGCGACUCGUGUCCUGUGCGAUGGAACAUCUGGCUAGUGUCGGGUUGUCGAUCGGAUUUGCGAUAGGCUGGGAGAUUGUUUCGCUCCUGAGGCGAUUAAGUUUCCUAGCUCUCAUGAAACAGCCUCCACGAAGUAUGAUAGUGUUGUGUAUGAAUGAUAAAGAGCGAUCCCGAUGGAUAUGUCGG